AUGCGGUUAGACGUUAAGCGCCAGCUCUUCGCGCGGAGCGAGAGGGUCAAGGGCAUUGACUUCCACCCGCAGGAGCCAUGGAUCCUCACGACUCUCUACAGCGGCCAUGUCUACAUCUGGUCGUACGAGACGCAGCAGAUCGUCAAGACUUUCGAGCUCACAGACGUGCCGGUCCGCGCCGGCCGCUUCGUCGCGAGGAAGAACUGGAUCGUCUGCGGCUCCGAUGACUUCCAGCUGCGCGUGUACAACUACAACACCUCGGAGAAGAUCACAUCCUUCGAGGCUCACCCCGACUACAUCCGCGCCAUCGCCGUCCACCCGACACAACCAUUCGUGCUCACGGCCUCGGACGACAUGACGAUCAAGCUGUGGGACUGGGACAAGGCGUGGAAGUGCGUCCAGGUUUUCGAGGGCCACAGCCACUACGUCAUGGGCCUGGCCAUCAACCCCAAGGACACAAACACCUUCGCCUCGGCCUGUCUCGACCGCACCGUCAAGAUCUGGAACCUCGGCUCCUCUACGGCCAACUUCACGCUCGAGGCCCACGAGACCAAGGGUGUCAACCACGUCGACUACUACCCGCACUCGGACAAGCCGUACCUCCUCACCACCUCGGACGACAGGACGGUCAAGAUUUGGGACUACACUACCAAGUCACUGAUCGCAACCCUUGAGGGCCACACCAACAACGUGUCGUUUGCUUGCUACCACCCCGAGCUCCCCGUCAUCAUCUCUGGUUCCGAAGACGGCACAAUCAGGAUAUGGCACGCCAACACAUACCGCUUCGAGCAGUCACUCAACUACGGCCUCGAGCGCGCCUGGUGCGUGUCGUACCAGAAGGGAAAGCAGGGCGUCGCCGUGGGUUUCGACGAUGGCGCGGUUGUCGUUAAGCUGGGUAGAGAGGAGCCGGCUGUCUCGAUGGACAACUCGGGCAAACUGAUCUGGGCGAGACACAACGAGGUGGUUUCCUCCAUCAUCAAAGGCGGGGAUGCGUCUAUCAAGGACGGAUCGCCGAUAUCUCUCCCGACCAAGGACCUGGGCACCUGCGAGGUCUACCCCCAGACUCUUAUCCACUCGCCGAACGGCAGGUUCGUCGCAGUGUGCGGCGAUGGCGAGUACAUCAUCUACACUGCGCUCGCUUGGAGGAAUAAGGCUUUCGGCUCGGCUCUGGACUUUGUGUGGGCUGCCAAGGACAAUAGCACCGACUUUGCCAUCAGGGAAUCCGCUACAAGCGUCAAGGUCUACAAGAACUUUGUCGAGAAGGCCGGAGGCCUCGACGUUGGAUUUCAGGCCGAUGGCCUUUCCGGCGGUGUCCUGCUGGGUGUUAAAGGACAGGGCGGUAUUUCUUUCUUCGAUUGGGCUACUGGCGGCCUCGUCAGGAGAAUUGAGGUCGAGCCUAGGGAGGUGUACUGGUCCGAGAGUGGCGAACUGGUUACUCUGGCCUGCGACGAUACCUUCUACGUCCUGAGAUUCUCGCGCGAGAACUACAUCGAGGGCAUGCAAGCGGGCCUGGCCGAGGAGGACGGUGUUGAAUCUGCCUUUGAGGUUAUCACCGAUAUUAGCGAGAGCGUACGGACCGGCGAGUGGGUGGGCGACUGCUUUAUCUACACAAACAGCACCAACAGGCUCAACUACCUGGUGGGCGACCAGACCUACACCGUUUCGCAUUUCGACCAGCCCAUGUACGUCAUCGGUUACAUCCAGAGGGACUCCCGCAUCUACCUUGCCGAUAAAGAUGUCAACGUCACCUCUUUCGCCCUGUCGCUCCCUGUUCUCGAGUACCAGACCCUGGUUCUGCGCGAGGACAUGGAGACGGCAGCCGAGCUCCUGCCGACGAUUCCCCAGGACCAGCUCAACAAGAUCGCUCGGUUCCUCGAGGGUCAAGGCCACAAGUCUCUGGCACUGGAGGUUGCCACGGACCCGGAGCACAAGUUCGAUCUCGCGCUAUCGCUGAACCACCUCGACAUCGCAUUGGAGCUUGCGAGGGCAGCGGACGUGGAUCACAAAUGGAAAACGGUGGGCGACGCGGCACUUACAGCAUGGGACGUUGCACUAGCGGCAGAGUGUUUCUCACACGCCAAGGAUCUUGGCUCUCUCCUGUUGCUCUACAGCUCGACGUCGGAUCGUGAGGGGCUUGAGAAGCUGGCGGCGCAGGCCUCCGAGGCUGGUGCACACAACGUCGCCUUCUCCGCCAAGUGGCUGCUCGGUGACGUCGCGGGCUGCGUGGAGAUCCUGACAGCGACGGGCAGGCUCGCAGAGGCUGCCCUUUUCUCCCAGACAUACAAGCCCAGUUUGACGACUGGCGUAGUAUCACAGUGGAAGGAGUCGCUGGAGAAGAGCAAAAAGGGGCGUGUGGCACGCAUUCUGGGCACUCCCGGCGAAGAUGAGGAGCUCUUCCCCGAAUGGGACGAGUGGCUCAAGCUUGAGGCUGAGGGCGGCUCAGUUGAUGACGCUGCGAAGGUCGAGGAGGACGAAGAGGACGAAGAAGAGGCAGAGGAGGAAGCCUAG